CUUCAUCCUGUUGUAAUCAGCAACCUGUCAUUUACAGAAGGCCCUUCUUGCCUCUUCAAAUAACUCGAGAUCAUUCACCAUGUAAUGACAAUGAGAAUGAGAAUUCUUUGUCUGAGAUUUGUCUGGAUGGAAAUGAGGAGAGAAUGCUCAAGACCGAGGCUGGAUUCGUUAAAGUUUGUGGUACUUUAACCAAAACUCCUGUCAAAACUAGGAAGUUGUGUGGUAAGUAUAAAGAUUCAUCUCCUUCUUCUGAAGAUUCCAGUCCUCCAAAUCGUCAUUCAUGUCUAGCUAACUUGGGGAAGCAAGCUGAGAAUUCCAUAACUCACACCCAAGUUGCAGAAGACAUUACCCCAGAACCUGGCAGGAACAAAUAUGUGCAUUUUAAAGGCGAAGGCAAUGAGAUCCCAUCUUCCUCAUCUGGUAGUGACUUGAGAGAAUCAAAACCUUUACCAUAUCCAACACCGCUGAAACUAACUGAUGAGAUGCAAACGCCCGGGACAGUUUUUCCAGCAACGUUUGAAACAUUGAAAAACAGAAAGUAUCAGCAUAUUAGGUCUCAGUACGUUUACCCAGUUCAUAAUUUACAUCAAUCGAAGAAGUCUUCGAAAGAAGAAGGUUCUUACUCCAAUCAAAUGUCUGAGUGUGUUGAUGAAACUCCGGGUGAUAAGAUCAUCAUGGGUAGAGUGGCUGCUGAUUGGAAUGAAGAAGAAUUUUGUUCUAUUUCUCCCAAGUGGUUAGACCGUAAUGGAAUUCAAAAUAGUGAUAAUAAAUACAAUGAGGAUCAGAAUGUUGACUGAAAUUUUGUCUAUCUUUGAGGUAAUAUGAGUAAUUCAAUUCUCUUGUUAUGGAUGAUCAUUAUAUGUGUUUUGCAACAUUUGCUUUAUGAAGUUUAUUAUUUUGAAAUUUUUAUAAAUGCAGACAAUUGGAUUUGAUGAAAGGAUAGG